GUCAACAUCGUCUUCUUCCACGACUCCAUCCCAUCGUCAAUCCAUCCACCCCAUCCUCAAAAUGUUCUCUCUUCGCGCCCUUGCCCGCUCUGUGCCUCGCACUGUUUCGCGAUCCAUCGCUACCUCCUCUCGCUCCGCCCUCUACCGACCUGUGUCGGCCGUCCCCAAAAACACUUUUCUGCAGUCCUCGUUGAAGCAGGCCACGAGGUCCUCUUACGCCGCUUUCUCCUCCCAAGCGUUCAGACAGUCUGCCGCCGAUGGUGAUGUCGAACUUGCUGCCAAGCUUGAAGAUGAGCUGAAGCACGAGAAGGCUUCCGGUCUUGCGGACUUGGAAUCGUCCGUUCAGAACAUCCAGUAUGUUCUUCAGAACAACUCGUGGGAGGUCAAGGAUGUUCCCGGAGAGCAGGAGGUUGUUCUGACGAAGAAGCUCGGCAAUGAGGAGAUUCGACUUACCUUUACUGUUGCCGAUCUCCAGAACCUUAGCGAGCAGGAGGACUUCGAUGAUGCCGCUCUGGGCGAUGAGAUGGACUUCCAGUCCGGCCACCAGCCCGCCAACCAGGCUGGCUCCGGAAAUGUGUCUCAGCACCCUGAAGACAGCAUUGCUCCCGCCGAUCGCGAUGCCGAAAAUCUAGAGCCUAGCUUCCCUGCUCGCGUUAACGUCACCGUCGAGAAGCCCAGCAACGGCGCUCUCCUGAUUCAGACCGUUGUCCAGGAUGGCCUCUUCCAGAUCGAGGAAGUGUCGUACUUCUCCAAGCCUGACCUGGCUUAUGCCCAGACUGCCGAGAAGGAUUGGGCGAGACAGAGCUUGUAUGCCGGCCCUCCUUUCGAGAACCUGGACGAGGACUUGCAAACUUUCCUGGAGCGUUACCUUGAAGAGCGCGGCGUCAAUGCCGAGCUUGCGAACAUGAUCCCCGAUUACAUCCAGGUCAAGGAGCAGAAGGAAUAUGUUCGCUGGCUGGAGAAUGUCAAGAACUUUGUCUCCGCCUAAAUGGAAAGACCCUGGAAUCUUAGAAGAAUCGCAACAUGUUCGAUAAUCUCAUCUCCGAGGUUUGGUUCCAACUCGACUUGGAGCUUUUUAAAAUAUUGUAUUAAUUCUGUUUGUUGCAUUAGCUCGUUGACGUCAUGUCAUUUCGAAGAGCUCAAGUCCUGCUCAUGAAGUUGCAGUUGGCUGCUUUGGAAGCAGCGUGCACGUGUACUAUUAUAGAAACGAAUUGAGGAAAUGUCUGUAAUUACCAUAUUAUGUCUCCUAUCUCCAGAUUAUUCAAUUGCGGGAAACAUGCAUACAGAUUAGUAGACUAUGAGGCUGAAUUUUAAAU